CCCCGAGCGGACGCUUGGUGAUGACGAAAGAACCCUGCGACUAACAAACAGAGUGGAAACAAGCGUGAGUGAGCGCAGAUUCCGGCAGUUUGUUCAUAACUGGGUGAACAUCCUGAAUAUCGUCGGCAUUAACAUCUUUCCUUUGAUCCAUCAUGGCUUCGUCCAUGCCGCAGAAGCGUUACUACAGACAGCGAGCCCAUUCAAACCCGAUGGCGCACCACACCUUUGAUUACCCUGUGUGUCCUGAUAAAAUGGACUGGUCCAAGCUGUAUCCAGACUUAUUCACUGGCAGCCUGAGUGAGACAGAGCCCCCUCGAGUCGAGUUUGCUGACAUUGGAUGUGGAUAUGGGGGGCUUUUAGUGGAGUUAUCUCCACUCUUCCCAGAUAAGCUCAUCCUGGGUAUGGAGAUCCGGGUGAAAGUGUCAGAUUAUGUUCAGGAUCGUAUCCAGUCGCUGCGUGCCUCAAAUCCAGCGAGCUACCAGAACAUCGCCUGCAUUCGUAGCAAUGCCAUGAAGUACCUCCCCAACUUCUUUUGUAAAGGACAGCUCACUAAGAUGUUCUUCCUCUUCCCUGACCCUCACUUUAAGAAGACCAAGCACAAAUGGAGGAUCAUUAGUCCCACUCUGUUGGCAGAAUACGCCUACACGCUCAGAGUAGGGGGUUUGGUAUAUACCAUCACAGAUGUGGAGGAAGUCCACCUCUGGAUGGUGAAGCACUUCAGUGAACAUCCACUGUUCACGCGGGUCGUCGAUGAAGAACUGGCCGAUGAUGUCAUCAUAAGUCGUCUGGGUACCUGCACAGAGGAAGGAAAGAAAGUGCAGAGAAAUGGAGGAAAGAAUUUUCUUGCAGUUUUCCGGAGGAUUGAGGAUCCACAUGAGAUUUCCUGAAAUAAAGGCCUUAUGCAGUCAUCUGUGCGUGGGUUCAGCUGCUCUGCUGAUGGAUUUUUCACCAACCAGAUGAAUGCUGAUUUUUUUUUUUUCUUUUAUUAAUGGACCCUUUUAAUAUU